GAGAAAGUGAAAGAAAUGUUGUUUUUAGUUCAUAACAAUUGAAACAGAGAGAGUGUAAAGAGAUUUACGUGCAUUAAAGGGCAUUAAAAGCUCCAAACAGUUCGUACAAGGUUGUUCCCACUAUUCAUGGCAGUGGCAAUAUUGUAAAUACUUGAAGAAAAUGAGGUUGAGACAGUAAAGAAGUCAUUUUCGAAAAAAAAAAAAAAAAGGGUUAAUGGCAUUUUCGUAGAUAAAAUGCAGAUGUGGGGUUAAAAACUCAAAAAAAAAUGAGUCAAAAGAAAAGGUUAGUUUUCUGUUUGAAUUCAAGUUUUGAGUCACUUUUGCAAUAAGCCCUAAGAAAAUCAUACAAAACAAGAAGAGGACCAUAAGUCACACGUAUGAACAGUUGAAUACCAAUCUUAGUACCAUGAAUUAAAUUUUCCGGGAGGCAAAGUCGGUUACACAUCUGAAAUGAAAUUCAUCCCUGAAUUAUCUUCUCGAAGGGUUCCGUGCUAUCGAGUCCUUGAUGAAAACGGAAGAAUCAUCCCCGACAGCGAUUUUAUUCCGGUGAGCGAGAAACUCGCGGUUAGAAUGUAUGAGCACAUGGCGACGCUUCAGGUGAUGGACCACAUCUUCUACGAAGCUCAACGUCAAGGAAGAAUCUCUUUCUACAUCACUACCGUCGGAGAAGAGGCCGUUAACAUCGCUUCAGCCGCCGCUCUCGCUCCAGACGACGUCGUUUUACCUCAGUACCGAGAGCCUGGAGUGCUUCUAUGGCGCGGCUUCACGUUGCAAGAGUUUGCGAACCAGUGCUUUGGGAACAAAGCUGAUCACGGCAAAGGCAGACAGAUGCCGGUACAUUACGGCUCUAAUCGACACAGCUACUUCACUGUCUCCUCUCCUAUCGCUACACAGCUUCCUCAAGCUGCUGGAGUUGGUUACUCUUUGAAGAUGGAGAAGAAGAACGCUUGUGCAGUAACAUUCAUCGGAGACGGAGGCACAAGCGAGGGAGAUUUCCACGCCGGAUUGAAUUUUGCGGCGGUGAUGGAAGCUCCGGUGGUGUUUAUCUGUCGAAACAACGGUUGGGCUAUCAGCACUCAUAUCUCAGAACAGUUCAGAAGUGACGGAAUCGUUGUGAAAGGUCAAGCUUACGGAAUCAGAAGCAUACGAGUUGACGGUAACGACGCGCUGGCGAUUUAUAGCGCGGUGCGCUCAGCAAGAGAGAUGGCUGUAAAAGAACAAAGACCAGUUCUCAUCGAGGCAAUGACAUAUAGAGUAGGACAUCAUUCUACAUCAGAUGAUUCAACUAAGUACAGGGCGGCCGAUGAAAUACAAUACUGGAAAAUGUCGAGAAACCCUGUGAAUAGGUUCAGGAAAUGGGUGGAGGAUAAUGGAUGGUGGAGCGAGGAAGAUGAAUCCAAGCUAAGAUCCGACGCAAGAAAACAGCUUCUACAAGCGAUUCAGGCGGCGGAGAAGUGGGAGAAACCACCAUUGACAGAGUUGUUUAGCGACGUAUAUGAUGUUAAGACGAAGAAUCUAGAGGAGCAAGAACUUGGUUUAAAGGAAUUGGUAGAGAAACAACCUCAAGAUUAUCCUCCUGGUUUUCAUAUCUGAAUCUAUAGGAGGAUUGAUGAUCUCAUUUUCAUGCAUGAUGUAUUUUAUACUUGAGAAGUGCUAUUUUCGUCAUUAAAUAAUUAAAAUUUCAUGGUCUGAAAGGUUUAGCUACACGGGCUGACCUUAAUGUAAUUUGAAUUAAGUUGGAAAUUUCAAAAUGUCUUUCCCAUGCAUGAGCAUGCUCUCACCAGUA